AUGACAAUAAUAACGACAUCAUCAUCUACAACCAAAGACAAUGCACAGUGUCCCGCUACUUCACCCUUAACCCGUAGAUCUGCGGCGAAUAAUUCUGGCGGUCAUGCUAAUAACUACAGCGGUGCACCGCGAUAUUAUCGCAAACCUGCCGUGUCUCAUUAUAAAGGUGGAAAGAGGACACGUCGAAAUGUUCCCCCGAAUGCUCAAUAUCAUGAUCCGAAUGCCACAUAUUAUCGUAAAGCUGCUGCGCCGAAUUCGAGAUCGAAUCGGCCUUCAUCGACAUUUGUGAGACGUCACUUCCUUGAAAAUAUGUUCCCGCCACCACCAACAGAAGAACAAGAUGAAUGUGUUAUUUGUGCUUAUCCGCCUCCACCAUGUCCUAAUUGCUAUCUACCACAAUGUCCUCCACCUUGUGCUGAAUGUUAUCCAGCUUAUUAUCCGCCACCUUGUCCUGCUUGCUAUCAAGAGGAAUAUAACGGUGUCGCUUAUCCAUAUUAUCCCCCGCCAUGUCCUCAAUCUUGCCCUGUAUGCAAUCCAUGUGACGAUUAA